GCCCCGCCCUCGGGGUCCUGCGCAUGCGUUAUGGGUUGACGGGAACUAGAUCGGGGGGAAGUUGGAGCAGGUAGAGGUGGUGUACGAAGUAGUCUCCAACCUGGAGAUCCUGAACCACUUAGCUCCUGGCAAUGUCUGCUUUUGCUCUGGAAAGGAAACCAGCAGGGAAUCUCUGAGGCCAACUGUGUCAGGCCCAGAGUUAUAGUGGAGCAGACAUUUGAACCCAAGACAUCUCACUUGAAGUCCAACACUCCAUAUACUACACUUGAGUGGCUUGUUUUAUGUGUGCCUCCCAACAUCUUGGUAGAUCAUAUCCUCUCAAUAGAGUUUCUCUUGGAACGUACAGAUAAGUGUAUACGGGCAGUGACUUUCUGGAGAGUCUAAUAGCCACCAUUGUCCACAUUCCACUGUCACCAUGUCAGGAAGCUAUACUCCUACUGCUGGGGGACCCUUCUCUGCUCUCACACCCAGCAUAUGGCCUCAGGAGAUCUUGGCAAAAUACACCCAGAAAGAAGAAUCAGUUGAGCAGCCAGAGUUCCGGUAUGAUGAAUUUGGUUUCCGAGUAGACAAAGAAGAUGGUGCUGAGCCAAACUCCAGCAAGCUCUUGGGGAUCCCACUGAUGGAAGAGCCACAGCACCGGCUGAAAUGGCAGGCCCAUUUGGAGUUCACACACAACCAUGAUGUGGGGGACCUUACCUGGGACAAGAUAGAAGUCAUGCUUCCACGUUCAGAUAAGCUGCGAUCACUGGUGUUGGCUGGCAUUCCUCAUAGCAUGAGGGCCCAGCUAUGGAUGCGACUAUCAGGUGCUCUACAGAAGAAAAGAAAUGCAGAAAUGUCUUAUCGAGAAAUUGUGAAAAACAGCUCAAAUGACGAAACAGUUGCUGCCAAACAAAUUGAGAAAGACUUGCUGCGUACCAUGCCCAGCAACGCCUGCUUUUCCAACAUGAAUAGCAUUGGAGUGCCACGGCUACGCAGAAUUCUCCGGGGGCUAGCUUGGCUGUAUCCAGAAAUUGGCUAUUGUCAAGGCACUGGCAUGGUAGCGGCUUCCUUGCUUCUUUUCUUAGAAGAGGAAGAUGCAUUCUGGAUGAUGUGUGCUAUCAUUGAGGACCUAGUGCCAGCUUCCUACUUCAGCACCACUCUGAUGGGAGUCCAGACUGACCAGCGUGUCCUGCGCCAUCUCAUUGUGCAGUACUUGCCACAACUGGACAAACUUCUUCAGGAGCAUGACAUUGAGCUAUCCCUGAUCACCCUGCACUGGUUCCUAACAUCAUUCGCUAGUGUUGUGCAUAUCAAGCUGUUGCUACGCAUCUGGGACCUCUUUUUCUACCAGGGCUCCAUAGUUCUCUUCCAGGUCACACUGGGCAUGCUCAGCAUGAAGGAAGAUGAGCUGAUCCAGUCAGAGAAUUCUGCAUCCAUCUUCAACACACUCUCAGACAUUCCCUCUCAAAUAGAAGAUCCAGAUGUGCUCCUGCAGGAAGCCAUUCGUGUCGCUGGCUCGCUGACAGAUGUGGCAGUGGAGACUCAGCGUUGCAAGCACCUGGCUUACCUCAUUGCAGAUCAAGGGCAGCUGCUCAAUGCUGGUGCUACUGUCAACUUAUCAAAGAUUGUGCGACGCAGGACGCAGCGCAGGAAGUCUGGCAUCACUUCCCUGCUUUUUGGAGAAGAUGAUAUGGAGGCACUAAAGGCCAAGAACAUUAAACAAACAGAGCUGGUCGCAGACUUACGCGAGGCCAUCCUGCAAGUGGCACGGCACUUUCAGUGUGUGGAUCCCAAGAGCUGCAGCAUAGAUCUGACUCCCGAUUACACCAUGGAGAGCCACCAGCGAGACCAUGAAAGCUACGUGGCAUGUUCUCGGAACCAUCGGCGACGGGCCAAGGCACUGAUGGAUUUUGAGCGCCAUGAUGAUGAUGAACUGGGCUUCCGUAAGAAUGAUAUCAUCACGAUCAUCUCUCAGAAGGAUGAGCACUGUUGGGUGGGAGAGCUGAAUGGCCUGAGAGGUUGGUUUCCUGCAAAGUUUGUGGAGGUUCUGGAUGAACGGAGCAAAGAGUAUUCCAUUGCUGGAGAUGAUUCGGUCACAGAAGGUGUGACAGACUUGGUUCGAGGGACACUCUGCCCAGCCCUCAAGUCUAUUUUUGAACAUGGGCUGAAGAGACCAUCUCUGCUGGGGGGGGCCUGCCACCCCUGGCUCUUCAUUGAAGAGGCUGCUGGGCGUGAAGUGGAGCGUGACUUUGACUCUGUGUAUUCCCGUCUUGUGCUCUGCAAGACCUACAGGUUGGAUGAAGAUGGAAAAGUGCUAACUCCAGAAGAGCUGCUUUAUCGAGCAGUGCAGUCUGUCAACAUGUCACACGAUGCAGUACAUGCCCAGAUGGAUGUGAAGCUUCGUUCUCUCAUCUGCAUUGGGCUGAAUGAGCAGGUGCUGCAUCUGUGGCUUGAGGUGUUGUGCUCUAGCCUGCAGGCAGUGGAGAAAUGGUUCCAUCCCUGGUCAUUUUUGCGCAGUCCCGGCUGGGUGCAGAUCAAGUGUGAGCUCAGAGUCCUCAGUAAAUUUGCAUUCAGCCUUUCUCAGGACUGGGAACUCCCUAUAAAAAGAGAGGAGAAGAAGCCACUGAAGGAAGGAGUUCAGGACAUGCUUGUGAAGCAUCACCUCUUUAGCUGGGAUAUAGAUGGGUGACUCCUUGUCAGGCCUCCGUUUGGACUUCUUGGAUGACAUAAACCAUUGGCAUAUACCCCCUCCUCCCCACCAGCCUGUUCCCCCUUCAUGCGUUGUAUAACCUGACUGAUCCUUUCCUCUCACCAACAGUCUUGUGCUAGUCAAGAGAUCUCUCUUGUAGUCUGGUAUCAGUUUGCUCCAGCAGCUGGGUAGGAGCACAGUGGUUGUGCUGCAUUGUUCAAACUGUGGUUGUCUAGCUUCCCUUUUCCACAGUGUCACUAACUUGAUUGUGCAGAGCAUGUAUGCACAUAGUCUAUGGGAGUUAUGUAAACCACUCAGACCUGGUAGCCAAGUGCCACAGACUGGUAUGUUCAAGGUCUGCUGGGCUUGGUGAGAGGGAAGACAGCAACUUUGGCUAAAAAGUUGUCAUAACUAGGCAGAGGACACAUAACAAAAUACAGGGAUACCCUAAGGCUAGGUAGUCCAGCUUUUAAAAUUCCUUCAUGGCAGGGAGAGUAUACUGAUGGCUGGCAAGUUCCUCCAAAGCUCACAAAGCUGUAAUGCUAAACAUUUAUUUUCCUAAACAGAGAGGUUUGAAGCACCCCUAAGUAGUAGAGAGAAUGUGAUUCAUGACAAGUUUUCCUAGGUGCUAUAGCGCAUGAAUGGAUGUGGUACUGCCACAAAGUGCCUAAAUUGGCUGGUUACUAAAAUUGCCUUGAAUGUUUUAAAGGAUAGUGGGGGGCAGCAGUAACCUGUUCUUUGACUCUGUUCAGCUAGGAGUCAGAAUUAGUUUGUUUUAGCCUGGAACAGUUUUUUACAAACUGGUUACCAAAAGAUGUCAAGUAUAUCCAGAAAUCCCUGUAUAUUUUGAAGUAUCUUAGCAGGAACUUGAUUCACAGGGCUGAGCUGGCUCAGGGAGACAACUGCAGCCUUUAGCCUGAGGGUGAUGAGAAACGCUGCAGGAUAGGAGCACACCGCUUGCUGCAUGGUGGCAGCACAGGUUGGGGAGCACAAUCAAAUUAUGAAACAAGAUUGUCAUUUUGGUUUCUAAAUAAAUUGCACAUCUUGUGACUAAGUCAGUAGUAGGUGAAGUCAGACUGAUCUUGCAUAUGCCUUUAGCCUUAUUUCUGUUCUCUUGAGUUACAUUACUGUUUGGGAGGCGUAGGAAUUGACAGUUUUGCUAAUGACUCUAGGAGUUGCAUAUUAAGUACAUCAGCCUUGAGGUAUUGUAUUCCUUAUUCCUGUUUCAGUAUGGUCACCUAGAAUAUUCUGAUUGAGAAGUGGGUAAGAACAAAUUGUAAGGUGAAAUAUUAAAGCCCAAUUUCCCAUGGGAUGCAGGAAGGGUGGCAAAAUAUCCAGUAAGAGGACAAAGUGCAAGUAUGACCAAUGCUGCUGCUGUUAGGAAGGAGAAACUGCCACCUAAGCUAUAACUUGUAACAAAAGGGUGAAAUGGCUCUUCACUACUUCACAAAUAUUGACUGUCCUUGCUUUCUUUUCACCAUGGCAAGUAUCAGUAUCUAAAUGCCAUGACCAAAGAUGAGAUGUACAAAGAUGCUACAAUACAAUUUUUUUAAUAAAAUUG